UGCCAGUGGCAGGCACUUCCUGUUGACUCAUUCAAGUUAUUUUAAGUGGGUCAACGUUACAAAGGCAGAUACGCAAUAAAACUGUCCUGUGGACUUAUACAGAAGUGUUUUCAGAUGCAAAAUAGAGUACGAACAAGAUGAAAAACAGCACCCAACAACACAUGAAGAACACAAGGCUUAUAGCCUGGGUGCUUUGUAACACACAGUGAGAAAACAAGGAGGGACAGAGCUUAGAGAGUGUUUUCCAUAAAAGUAUGGCAACAGCAAGUCAACAGACAGAACUUCCUCUUCGAGUAGAGGAGUGGACGAAAGAGCAAGUUUACUACUGGCUGACUGAGGUGAUUAAAGUGGAUAAAAAACAUGCAGACAAGCUGUACGAAGAAGAAGUAUCAGGGGAAGAACUAGUCUGCUACCAACCCAAACAUCUGCAGGAACUUGGUUUUAAACAUGGUCCAGCUGUUAGGAUUAUCACCCGGUUAGAGAAGUUAAAGAAAGAACAACAAGAAUCUCCAAAACCACAAAAAACUGAACCUUUAAAGAAGCCCCCUUCACAAAACAUUUCACUUUCAGAAGCUUCUAUAUCCAGUACAUCUUCGAAAGAAACCGAACCAACAGACUCAGCUGACCCUAAAUCAUCAAACAUUAAUGCCAAUAAAGUAGGCCUAGUUGAAAGAGAAAAGCACAUGAGAAAAUCUCGAUCCAUAAAGCACUCAUGUAGUCUCUAUCCAUUUGAUCAGAACGCUGCUUCUCAUCGAUAUAUUCAAAACUACACUCUCCCACCAGAAACAGGACCAGGGAAUCUUACCGAUCCAGUUCAUGAGUACAAGUUCAUGGGCAGAACAGAUGACAUUGAUGUGAUAAAGAAGAAGUUCAAUAAAGAGGUGUUUCGGUUUGCUGCUGGGUGUAUGAACAGCCGCACUAAUGGAACCAUACACUUUGGUGUAGCAGAUUCCAAAGAUUCCCAGUAUGUUCAUGGUGAGAUUAUUGGGGUCACUGUCGACUCCAAGGACUCCAUCAUUGAUCACUUUAAUCAGGGUAUUAAAUCAUACUUUGACGAACACACAGAUAAAGCUAAACAAUGCAUCAGACAACCACGCUUUGUAGAAGUGCUCUGCGCCGACAGCACAAUAUCUGGCAAAUAUGUCAUAGAGGUGGAUGUUGUUCCAUCACACAUCAUAGUUCAGGGUGAACUGUUUUACAUACAGACUCUGGAUGAGACCAAUCAGUGGAAAAGAAGCAAAGGAAAAUCACUCUUCAUCAGAGAGGGCGCAGCAACACAGGAUAUCUGUAAAAUUGGUAAUCCAAGAGAUCUGCAAUCUGAAAUAGCCCAAAUUAGUAAAAACAUAAAUAUUUGGGAUACUAUGAGGAAAGAGGCAGAAAAGAGGCCUCUGAGUAAAGGAACAUCAAACCAGGGUGAAAAGCUAAAGAAUCUGUUGACAUGUGGAGGAAGCAGACUGGAUUAUUAUGAGUAUUAUAUUAUAGUUACAAACAAAAGCCACCCUGAACAACUCCAGCAUCUUCAGUUCAUAACAACAUUGAAACGGUUAUGCGUGUUGGACUUUGAUCCAAACUCUGCAGUAAAUGGGUCCUGCCACAACUACAGAGAUGUUCAGAUUGCAAAUCUUCACAAACCAAGCCAGUUCCGUGGAGACCCAGGAACAAUAGUUGAAAAACUGAAUUUAUACACACAAACAAGUUGGGUAUUCUGUAAUGGCAGAGAAGACCUUAACACUGAAUCUGACAGGCCACUUCAAUCAAGCGAAUGGUUAAAACACAAAGCUGGAGAGGUACAAGACGUGAUUUCAUUCCUCUGCAACAAAGACACACUUCCAAGAGGACGGUUCUUAGUCAUAUUCCUACUCCUCUCCACUGUCGAGGCCUCAGUCGAUCCAAUUUUUGACACAUUCAUGUCAUUUUAUAAAAACCUAGGAGGUACAGAAAACAUAUUAAGUAUUUGCACUUCAGAUCCGUCCUUCCAUAAAUGGAGGGAUUUCAUUCAAGCCCGAUGUGAUGAGGACAUCAGUCAACGUAGCAUAUAUGACCUGGAGCUCAGUGAAAUCAAUGGCACAAUACUGAAACUGGGCCAGAGCAAGCAGCAUGCUCAGAGACUUCUUCCAUCUGCUGAGGGCAGUACAGUGAUUCUCCAAAUGAAAGACGAGAGUCUUAUGACAUCACUUGAUAUCUUGUGUGAAAACGAAUGCGAAGACAUGUACGAUGAGAGCUCUGCAGAAUUUGAAGAGUUCAAAAUUAAAACAAAAUCUGAGUUUUAUAGAGGAGGAAAAGUGAAAUGGUGGAACUUCUAUUUCUCAGAGCAACCUGCAGCGAAGCCAUUCAUAAAACGUGACAAACACUCAAAACUAGAGAACAAUAUCAGAUCUCAGACCAAAAAUACCAAAAGCACUUGCAGCACUGUGAACCUGUUUCAUCACCCAGGGUGUGGCGGCACUACCAUGGCCAUGCAUGUGAUGUGGAAUCUGCGAAAAGAAUUCAGAUGUGCAGUGCUGAAAGACAACAGCAUUUCAAAGGAAGAAGUAGCCAAACAUGUUUCUCAUCUGAUAAAGUGUGGAAAAAGUGAGAAAUCCUUAAAAACACCAGUCCUGCUAUUAGUGGAAGACUCAGAGGAAACCGAAAACACACAAGUACUCAAGCACUUAUUGAGGACGAUUGCAGGAGAAACAGGGGCAAGUGUCAUCAUCUUAAAUUGUAUACGUACAAAAACCCCACAAGACAGACACAAAAAUAGUGUAGAUCAGAGUGAGUUCAUUACAGCAAAGCUAUCUGACAAAGAAAAACAUGCUUUUGAAAUGAAGCUUAAAGAACUUCAAGAAACCAAGUCUUUCACAACUGAGAACUUCUACAGUUUUAUGAUCAUGAAAUCUAAUUUCGACCCAGAGUAUGUUGCAAAUGUUGCAACUAACAUUCUGAAAGAUUUCAGAGUUUCAGAAAGCAAACAAACGGGGCUCUUCUGCAUAUUGGCUUUGCUGAAUUCAUAUGUUGCUGAUCGAGCCAUCUCACGAUCUUUAUGUGAAGAUUAUCUGGGCAUCAAAAAUGCAUUUUGGGGAAGAGAGUCUGUGCUGGAGAAAAUGGAACCUUAUUCCUGUUUGUUGAUAGAAAUCGACGCAGAAGAAUAUGGGGGAUUCAAAGCAAUUCGCUUUGUUCAUCAAUAUCUUGCAACAGAAUGUGUCAAACAACUAGAGAAGACACAUAACUGCUCCAGAGCAGACAUAGUUCUUGACAUGCUGCAUUGUGAUGCCUUUUUCAAAACCUUUGCCGUGAAGGAUGUUCUUGUACAAUCAAUGAAAAGCAUGCUGAUCACUCGUCAACGCAAAACUGAAGGUGAUGAGAAAGAUACCCUGUUUUCACCACUGAUAGAAGACAUAAACUCAGGAGAAGAUGGUCUGAAUAAAAUACAAACGAUUUUUAUUGCAGCUUCGGAAAGGUUUGAUAAAGACUUCACAAUUCCUCAAGCUCUAGCAAGACACUUGUACCUGAAAGAGAAGAACUUUGCUGAAGCUAAGAGGUGGGCAGACAUUGCAAAAGCCAUCAAAGAAACUUCCUACACUGUAGAUACAGUUGGACAAGUUGCAAAAAGUGAAUUAAAACACAAGCUGUGUAUAAAGCAAGAGAAGAAACCAUACACAGCUGAAGACCUGAGUGAAUACCUUGAGUUGGCAAGCACAGCCACCAAAGCUUUCAGAAAAGCCCAAACCUUGGCAAAGACAGAUGAUGCCCUAGAAACUGAACAGGAAUUUUACAGAAAGUUAAGCCCAUAUAACAUAUCUGGCUACAUGGGUGAAAUCGACACAGCCAUGACUGUUUUUGACAUCAUUAAAAAACUGCCAUUGUUUAAAAAUGGUGAUCCAAUGAAAGAUCAUUACAUCAAGAGCUUUCUUAAAGGAAAUCUGCCAUACACAAGCAUGCCAGUGAGCCAAAGCAAAUCCAAUGAUGAAUUUGUUGCUGUUCUUCAGAACCAUGAACCCUUCCUUAGAUCUUUAAAAUCACAUGUGAAAGAGGCUUUGGACUUCCUUGAAAUGUACUUCACUUACAUGAAAGAAAAAGGAUCCGGUGAAAUGAAAGAUGCAAAGAUUCGCCAGAGAAUAUCAGAACACUAUGAACACUACAUCUCAUUAUUCUGCACAUCUGCAGAGGACAAACAAGAGGAAAAAAAGAAGAAACCAACGCUGAGUUUGAACAUGGAGAUUGAAGAGUGCAGAAUGUUCCUAGAGAAAAACCGGGCGGAUACAUUCCCAGGCCUUCUCCAGUUUUUGGAGCCCAAAAAAGUGACAGUAGAACAGAUUGCUGAGAAAUACUCAUUCAUAUAUAAUAAUUCUGCCAUCAAAACUACAAAGGACAAAACAAAUCAUCUGCUCGCACACCUAAUCCUCCAGCUGAUUUGCUCAAAGUCAAAGUUAGCAAAAUCCACAGAAGAGCUCAAUGAGCUUUUAAAAGAAAUUCUGCAAGAUGUUGGCAUACAGCACCAAUACCCAGAGCCUUUCUACCUUGCCAUACUUUUGCUCUGGCCAGGAAGAAAUGUCAACACUACUGGCAUUAAGACAUAUGUUGAUAAAAUCAGAAGCUCAGCGAGAAAGAAUCUCUCCCAUAUGUACCGUACCAGGUCAACCAUUGCGCACUUCUUCUUGGGGACAUCUGAUGGAAUACAGAGGCUGGUGACUAAAGUUUCCCUUGACAGAUCUCAGAGUGUCAGAGAUGUUAAGAAUCGCAACAUUCUCUGGCAAACAGGAGAAAUCUUUAAAGAAACCCCAAUAAAUAGCAAGCUCCUCAGAGUGAGUGGUACUAUUGAGCAAGGAGAUGUCUUCACAGAGUAUGGAAAUCUUAAGAUUCCAUUGCGUCCUGCAUUUCUUGGUGGAGUGAGAAGUGGCUACAGCACAGAGAAUGUGUCCUUCUACAUCGGCUUUGCCAUGGAUGGACCUCUUGCUUAUGACAUUCAGUAUGAAAAUGACAGAUAGAUCAUGACAGCAAACUAUGCAUAUUUCUAGUCAUGUAGAACCUAUAAAGAAAUCUAACAUUCUUAUUUAAAUUUCAAAAUCAUCUUAAAAUAAACACGUAUGCUGAUUUGACCUGUUUGUACUUGACUGAUGUUAUACAAGUCAUGUGUUAAUUCUGGACUUCUCUCAACUGAAAAAAAAAUCCCUGUGGGUUAUUUUAAUAAUGUAAUGUCCUAACUAGUCAUAAUGUAACAAGGUUCCACCAACAAGCCAUUAGUCUCCACCGAACAUGUUAAAUAAAGCACAAAACAGC